UUGUUGGUCACACUGUUGCCGACUACAACACGUGCGUUGCAAACAAACAAAUGCGACAGGAAUGGAGCUUAAAAAAAAUGAAACCACUGUUAGACACGGAGCCGGAAAAAGAGGAGAAUGUGGAGGAGAUUAAGCCGCCCAAGCGACGCAACCCUUUCAACACACAACGCUUAAAGGAAGAGAAGGAGCGGCGACAAAAGAAACGCGCUCGUCUAAUCGUUCGCAACAUUAGCUACAAAUCAACAGACGAUGCGUUGCGGGAACACUUUGGGCAAUGGGGCACGUUGGAGGAUGUGCACAUUUUGAAGCGAGGCGACGGCAAGCUUGUAGGCUGCGCAUUCGUGCAAUAUGAGACUAUCAACCAGGCUACGAAGGCCAUAAUGAUGGCAAACGGCAAAGAGCUGCUGGGACGCAAAGUGUUUGUGGAUUGGGCCAUCGGCAAGGAUGAAUAUUCGGCCAAGCAUCCGAAGGAAGAGCCUGCGGAGAAGAAGCCCAAGGUAGAGGUCAAAAAGGAGAGUGACAACGAAGAUGAAGGCGUCGAAAGUGAGAACGAAAAUGAUGUGGGUGAUGAGGAAUCAGAAGGAGAUGCGGAAGCAGAGGAUAACGAAGGGCAUGAUGAUGACGAUGACGAUGUAGAGGACGGAGAUGAAGAUGAGGACGAGGAUGAGGACAAGAAAGAUAUCAAAUCGGAUAUCGAGAACGUAAAGCGCGAGAAACACAUUUCAAAUGAUGUGCAACAAGGCUGUACAGUCUUCAUCAAGAAUGUCCCCUUCGAUGCGGAGGAUAACGAUCUGCGCAAAGUGUGCCGCAAGUUUGGACUGGUGCAUUAUGCCAUCAUUAAUCGUGAAUCGGUAUCUGGACACUCCAAAGGCACGGCAUUUGUCAAGUUCAAGGCUAAAGAAUCGGCUGAUCUCUGUUUACAAGCGGGUACUGAGUUCAAGUUGAACGACGAGGUGUUGGAUCCGCAUCCUGCGCUUAGUCGCGAUGAAAUCAAAUCAAAGCAUUCGGAGAAGUCCAAGGAUGAAGGCAAGGAUUCGCGUAAUCUAUAUCUCGCCAGAGAAGGUCUCAUCAUGGCCAACUCAAAGGCUGCCGAUGGUGUUUCGGCCUCGGACAUGGCCAGGCGUCACGAGCUGGAGCAGGUGAAAACUCAAGUGCUAAAGAAUCUGAAUCGCUUCGUUUCGCGCAAUCGACUUUCUAUCCACAAUCUGCCAAUGAACUAUGACAACGAGAAGCUGAAGCAUAUGGCAUUGACCUACACGGGAUUUCGGCCACAUGAGUGUCGCGUGAUGCGCGAGCAAAAAGUGACACCGGAGCAUCCACAAGGCAAAUCCAAGGGCUUUGGUUUCCUAUCUUUCGAUACGCAUCAACGUGCAUUGACAGCGCUGCGUAAGCUCAACAAUAAUCCCUCUAUAUUUGGAGCUCAACACCGACCAAUUGUGGCCUUCAGUAUUGAGGAUCGAGCUGUGCACAGAAUAAAAGAGAAACGCAACGAACGCUCGAAGCAAAACAAUCCCACUUACAAAACGAAGCUGGAGCAACGUAAGCAGCGACGUGAAGAGAAACGUAAGGGACAAAAGCCUACAUCAACGACCAUAACGCCGCAAGACGAUAACAAGGUUAAGCUGCAGAAGCACAUCAAGAAGCUGGAGACGGCGCGAGCAGCCAAGGCAGAAGGCAAGCUGCAAAAGCAGGAGAAACAGCGCAGCGACGUCGAGGGGGAUUAUGUGGGCACAGCUGCUAAGCCAGGCACAUCGUUGCGCAUGAGAUCUAAGAAGAAGAUCAUGGAGCAGGCGCAGGAGCACAUGAAGCGUGUGAAGACAGAGAAACGCAAACAGAAGAACAAGAAGAUCCGGGAAACACAUCUGGCCGAGCGCAAGGCAAACAAUCGACCCAAACAGGGACGCAAGAAGGAGAAGGACGAGUUGCGACCACUGAUAAACCGUUACAAGGAUAUGAUUAGUGGCAACGAAGGCGGUGGCGGUAUCACGGGCAGCAGCGGCAAAGUGAAGAAACCCAAGCGCACCAAGUGGUACAAGGAUUAGGCUUCCUUCCUCUGUUAUUGUAGAUUACUAAUUAAAGAUAUAAAAAAUUUUACAA